GAAGAAUUAUAGGACAGAAUACGAUGACUUGCGCCACGACCAGGCAAAACUUAGUUUCGUCUCCGUACUGGUUGACGGCGACUGCAUGAAUUUCAACAACGCUCUCGUCCGGGAAGGCUACAAAGGUGGACGCAAAGCAGCUCUUCUCCUGCGAAAGUCCGUCGAACGCCAUCUCCGUGACAUCGAUCCUCAAGCCAGCCCCAGCAUCCAGUAUCGGAUCCGCGUUUAUGCCAACGUUCCGGGCCUGGUGAAAGCGUACCGCGAAGCCCGCAUUCUCCGUUCAAACGAAGGGUUGGAUCCGUUUAUUCGGGGGUUCAACAUGGAGAGCAGUGUAUGCGACUUCAUCGACGCCGGCAAUGGGAAGGAGUGUUCAGACGUCAAAAUACGGGCCACGUUCGAGCAAGACAUCCUCGACGUCCACUGCCGUCGUAUAAUCCUCUGCGCCUCCACAGACAACGGUUACGCCCGUCUCCUCGGCUCCCACCGCGACAGCAACCGCAUCUCCCUCGUCCAGGGCCCGCCUUUCGCAUGGGAGAUGGAGCAACUAGCCAGCGACUUCCAAACAACUUCUUUCCCCGACGUCUUCCGCUCCACAAAGCUCCCCGUCCGCGCGUCCUCCUUCAGCGCGGCCGCAACCCGCUCCGCCAACAGGUCUCCCCCACGGGUUAGCACCUCGCCCACCCCCAGUACCAGACGCAGUGGACGCACAUCCCGGACCAACAGCACAUCAAGCAUUCGAAGUGCAUCCCCCACCAGCAGCACCAGCAGUACCAUGUUCAUCACACCCCCCGCUACCCCAACACGCGACUACGCCACCAUCGCCAAAUUCAACCUGCCAGCCCCCUCCCCCACCAGUGCCAGCAGCCCCAUAACUUUCGACAUCUCCCCCACGCCCCCGACCCCCCCAUACCACAAAAUCCACCUCAAUGCUCAAAACCAACGCAUCGACCCUCCCAUCCGCCCCAGCAGCAAAGAAAACGUCAUUCGACUCCGAUCCGUCAAAUAUUGCCACCGGUUCCAUCUGCUAAACGAGUGCGCAAAAGGCGAUGACUGCGGGCAUAAACACGGGCCCAAGCUCAAUGCACAGGAUCUGCUGGAUUUGAGGGUGGUUUCGAGGAAGAGUGCCUGUGCGAAGGGUCUAUGGUGUGAGGAUGAGCGGUGUAUUUCGGGGCAUCAGUGUCCGUGGGAGAGUUCGCCGGGGCAUGAUGUUGAGGCGUGUCGGUUUUCGGGCGAGAUGCAUGGUGUGGAUAGGGUUGUUGCUGUUGUUUUGUGA